ACAAAUUUCAAAAUUGUCCUAAUUGGAGCAUUAUUUCAGCAACGUGGCUGCCUUAGAAAUGAUGGUCAUAGUAUAGAAAAUUAUUUGAAUCAUUUUUGUGAGAAAACAUCCCAAAUUUAAACAAUUUGAGUAUUUGAGAAUAAGAGCUUAUUCUUUAAAAAUUUUAAAGAAAUUUAAGGUUUUAAAAUUGCCAACCUCAUCGAUCUGGGUCAACGCAAACUGCACGUUUUAUAUAUCUCGGAUUCAGCCAGAUCGGAUAAAUAUAUGAUAUAUUUAAAAGCUUAAUGCAUUCAGUUGGUAUACAUUCCGCUAUGGCCAUAAAGCGCCAACGGAAGCGGCGUGAUGAACAGAAAAGAGCCCGAGAGCGACGUUAUAGUACUCAAAGCUCAGAAAGUGGUGAAACGUUUCAUUCUCCAAGUGGAUCCGUAAGACGUAGAUAUCACCAUUCCAGUCACUCAGCUAGAUCUGGACCUGGUAUGCUCGACAGCCAGGUUGUGACUAGCAUUGGAAUGUUGCACAUUGGUAUUGUGUUCAUCGUUUUUGGAGUGUUUUUGUGUGGUGCUGGAAUUGUCCCGGACGAAACAAUGUCAUGGAACGUGUUUAGCUCUAGCUCUGCGUGGUGGAAUGAAGUUACUUGUACUGGGCUAUUUUCUUUCGGAUUAGGUCUGUUUUUAUUAAUUUUAAACUGUUUGAUUAGUCGAAAGGAAGAAGAAGACCUUGAAGACUACGUACAGAGACAACUGACUAGAUCUCGUUCUGGUCAUCGCCUAGAAAGAGAUAUAGAGACUGGAGUUCUAACAACGCGACAUACGCGAAAAGCAGUAGCCUUGCAAAAAAAUGCACGCAAUAACUCAAAUACAGAUGUAGCCGUUGUAGCUUGUGGUGUUGGUGAAAGUAUUACAGAUGGCUCGAUUUCCGGUCGAAAUGCUCAUAACAAUGGUGACAUACUACUUGAAAAAAUAGUUGAGGAGGAUGCUCAUUAUUUAAACGAUCGCAGCGCUGGCAUUUCACCAAUCGAAAAUGAUACUAAACAGCUCUUAACAAUAGAACAUGUAAAUGCAAUCAAUGUAACUCGAAUAUAAGAUAUAUCAACUUUAAAAUAUUUUUUUCCAAUUCUAUAUGUAAGAGAAUAAGAAUAACGCAUAAAAUCUGUUUAACUUUACAUUUACUAGACUUUUUUACUAUUUUGUAAUAUAUUAAUUACUACUAUUAGCAACAUCAUAUUUAUAAGUAUAUGGAUACUGUCACAUACUAAUAAAAAAGAGAAAUUUGCCUUGCACU